GCCAUGCUGUCGGCUUCCGAGGGCCGGCUGCAGCUCUACGUCGACGACCCGGCGAUCACCCUCGCGGGUUCCGACGAGGGCAUCCACUGCAACUUGGACACGGUCCUCGGGUGGUGGCUUGCCCUCGGCCUGGGGCUGGCAUGGCGGAAAGGAGUUUUCACCUUGGGCGCCCAUGUCUGGAUCGGUAUCCAGUUCGAGCUGCGCGGCGCCGUAGCCUACGUGACCCUGCCGCCGGAGUUUUUGAAGGCGACGGCCGAAAUCAUGGAUACGUUCUGCGGGGGGUCCGGCACGGCUCCCCUCGGCUUGGCGCGCACGGCCACGGGCAAGGUGUCGCGCAUUGCCCAG